UCACAGAUCAGUCCAGAGGGUUUAGUGUGAGCACACUUUCACUUUUGCUUUGACCUGAACGGGCAAGCACGCCGGUCUGAUCCACAGCGGUCUGCUGCGUCUACAGCUACGAGCCCCCACCUGCAGCCUGUCCUCCAUCAUGCCUGUGAUCACGUCCAGCCUGUCUGAAGACCAGCAGAAGAAGCUGCUCUCCCUCCUCGGUCAUGUCAGACUCCACCUGCUCUACAAGGCCAGCGUGCACGGCUUCACCGCUGCUGCUUUCCACAGCCGCUGCGACUUGCAGGGACCCACGGUCAUUGUGGCCUACAACGCCGCCGGGUUCGUCUUCGGGGCUUACACCUCUAAGGACUACGCCCAGAGGGGAGAGGGGGUUGUUGACGGGGAGGCCUUCCUCUACAGCAUCGGUGCAGAGGGGAACAACCCGCUGAGGGUGGCAGGUAUCAGCGGACAGUCUGCUUUCACAGAUGGGGCUACUGGUCCGAAUUAUGGCGCUCUGGUGUUCCUGCAUGAGGACAAGCCCGAGUUCCAGUCCAACCCAGGGACAGGCUUCCACUUCCAGGCUGCAGCCAUGCACGGAGACGACUUGACACUGACUGAGUUUGAAGUGUAUCGAGCUGAAAGCUUGGGAGACCUCCUGGCCAAACCCUGGAGGAACAUCCAGUGGACUGCUGAGAGGAGGCAGCAGUUGAUGAGGACCAUUCAGGUCUAUCAGCCUGACAUCAAUGCGGUUUGCCAAGCCCGGGUGCUGCUGCUGGGCCCCGUCGGAGCCGGCAAAUCCAGCUUCUUCAACUCCAUCAACUCAGCAUUUAGAGGCAACAUGACGUCCCAGGCCAUCGCUGGUACAGCAGACAAGAGUGUGACCACUCAGUUCCGCACCUACACCAUCAAGGCAGGCAAAGGUGGUGGAGCUCUUCCUCUGAUCCUGUGCGACACAAUGGGGCUGGAGGAGAAGCCUGAUGCUGGUUUGGACAUUGAGGACAUAGUCAGCAUCUACAAGGGUCACGUAAAGGAUCGCUGCCAGUUCAGCCCCUCCGCCCCUCUCCAGGCGGAUGCUCCCGGCUACAGGAAGAACGUGACUCUGAACGACGUGAUUCACUGUGUGGUUUAUGUGGUCGACACCUGCAAGGCCUCGCUCCUCUCCCAAAAAAUGCUGGACAAGUUCACUGCCAUCCGGAAAAAGACCAACCAGCUGGGACUUCCUCAGAUUCUGCUGAUGACCAGAGUAGACGAGGCCUGUCCCCUGGUGGCGAAGGACUUAAAGAACGUUUACCGCAGCGUUUACAUCCAGAGGAAGGCCCGGGAGCUGAGUGAGUCUCUGGGCAUCCCCUUGUCCUGUGUGCUGCCGGUGAAGAACUACAGCGGUGAGCUGGACCUGGACCAGGACACUGACAUACUGCUGUUCAGUGCUGUGGAGCAGAUGCUGAACUACGCAGACAACUUCUUUGAGAACCAAGAGGUGAAUGAUGAUCUGGAGCUCUACAGGUCCAUCGAUGGUCCCCGACCAGUUUUUUCAGAACAAACAUGUGAACAUCGCUUUGUUUGAAAGAACAUCAGCCUUUCCAAAACCUCAUUACCUCAAAACAAAGAGUGAACUGAUCAGAUUUACACACAUAAAGGUUUAGUCAUUUCUAAGGAGCUGUUUUUAUUCACCACAUCAGCAACUACAGACAAAUGUCUCACUGACGUAUGAUCAUCCCUAACACUUUUUACAUUUCUUUCAUCACCAGAUGGAGUAAAGAUCAUGUGAUGUGAUCAAAAGCACCAGAAGUGCUAAUGACGUGACCUUUGACGUGACGUUCAUAGAAUAAAGUACUUAAACCAACAUGGAUGAGAAGUCCUAAAACCCCUCAGACAAACAUGGACUAACUCCAGCUGCUGAUGAAGCUCACGCAAAGUGAUCGAAAGCUCUAGAACGGCUACUAAAUAAACCUUGAAAUGAGAUUUGUUUUGUCAGACAUCUUGAAACUGACCAUGUCCGUGCCUUUUGCUUUAAUCUAUCAACAUCUGGGUGAACUGACCCACUUUUCUUUCAAAGUUGAUGCACGUGACCACUGUUUUCACUUGAAUUCACUUUUAAUGCACUUGCUUAAGGUUUCUGAUUAACGUGCACAUGCAAUGAAGCCCGUUGUUACACACUCUUUUGCUGAUGUUGUUAUCAUUCUGCGGCCACAAAGUGGAAAUAAACGGAUAA